AUGCAAGUUUUUGUAAAGUCUCUUCAAGGUAACACCCUUGCCUUGGACGUCUCCGCCCACACCUCUGUGGACGCCGUCAAGGCCUUGAUCCAAGAACGUGAAGGUCUCGCCUCUGGUUUCCAAUGCCUCUCUUUCGCCGGUAAGCCCCUUACCGACGGUCAAGAGCUCGCUCUGUAUGGUGUUCAAAACAACAGCACCUUGCACUUGAACGCCGAGCUUCUCGGUGGUGGUAAGAAGCGUAAGAAGAAGACCUACACUACCCCCAAGAAGAUCAAGCACAAGAAGAAGAAGGUCAAAUUGGCCGUUCUCAAGUACUACAAGGUUGACGAGUCUGGUAAGAUCACCCGUCUUCGUCGUGAGUGCCCCACUGCUACCUGCGGUGCUGGUAUCUUCAUGGCUUGGCACCACGACCGUCAAUACUGCGGAAAGUGCGGUUUGACCUAUGUCUUCAAGGGUCAAGAUCAAGAAGCUUAA